AUGAAUAAGUCUUCUGGAGGAGGAAACAAUGCCCCCGGAAGAAGAGACCACGUUAAGUCUAUAAACGACCCCACCAUUAUUGCCGAUGACGUUCCCGACUUUCAGUACCGGCCGCCUCCUAUUCGGGUUGUCAAAAACUCGCCGCCUAUUGGUUCACUUCAGCUUGGAGGUAACCAAGCGUUCUAUGAUCACAAGCCAAUGACUCCUCCCACGCCUCAACCUGCGAAAGAUGUCUACCCAUACGAUAUCCUCCAACUGGGAACUGAGAGUCCUAGAGACUCCUCCAGCCAAACCACGACUGCCACCUCUAAUCAGGGAUUGGUUGGCAGUAAGCUGACGAUGAUGGUAAACUUGGAGUCUCGGUCACACAGAGGAGGACUAGUACCAAAGGUUCAAGGCCCAUUUAGACGAGCAAUGUCAGUUUCGAGCCAUUCAGGACUGGCUAUGCCGAGAGUUUUUGCACGCAGAACGGCGAUCCCUAUAAGGGAAAGAUUGAGGAUCCUCAGUCCCAUUGAAAAACCAUUCAAGUGUCAGUGGAAAGGCUGUAACGAUGAGAGGAUCUGGCUGACCAAAACUCUCUUCAGAAGACACUUGCUUUACCACUUUCGAUUCGAUAAACCUGUUCUCUUAAACCAAACCACACGAAUGGUGGAAGUUGACUGGCGGUCAGGUAGAUGUGACUGUGGGUUUCGGGGGCCGGCGCUUUACUUUGCUCCUCACUUAUUCGAAACAUGCCCGUUAUAUCGUCAUAAAGAACAGGUGAAAGUUGGCGUGGCUGUCGCCUCUCAUCAACAAGAUCCAAUCUCACCACCUCGACGCAAAGGCUUGUGA